GUCCAUUUGAUGAACAAGAUGUUCCUUCUUUCCGAUUUAAACAUUUUCUAGGGACCGAUAAACUUGGUCGUGAUGUAAUGAGUGGUAUGAUUCAGGGAACGCGUGUUGCCAUGAUGGUAAGCAUUCCUAUGGAUAUCCUUAUUUCGCGUUUGAUUGAAGUAAUGGUAUCUGUACCAACGCUUUUGUUGUUGCUUUCUAUUUCUGCCAUUAUGAGUAAGCCUUCUAUUUUUGUAACUAUGAUUGUUAUUGGUUUCUUGGGAUGGACAGGUAUAGCGAAAUAUGUACGUGCAGAGCUUCUUAAGGUUAGAAGUUUAGAGUUUAUUGAAGCGGCACAAGCUUUAGGGUUAAGCGAAGCAAGAGUGAUAUUUAAACAUGCUAUUCCGAAUUCUUUAACUUCUGUUUUGAUUACUAUUGCUUUUGGUGUUGCCGGAGCUAUUCUUACAGAAUCGAGUCUUUCGUUUUUGGGUAUUGGUGUUGCUCCAGAGGAAGUUACAUGGGGUAGUUUAUUGUCUGCCUCGCGAAGUGAUGUUUCGGCAUGGUGGUUAGCUAUUUUCCCAGGUUUUGCCAUUUUCAUUACAGUAACUAUUUUCAAUCUAAUUGGAGAAGGAUUGGCGGACGCUAUGGAUCCUCGAUUGAAACAG